UUGCAGUCCGGAAACAUUUUGGCGCUGUACUUACACUCGAUAUUAUUAUACAGUUCCCGUUUCCAUACUUUUAGUACAGGUUGUUACCUGGUGGUAGUUUUUUUAUUUAUAAUUAAGCUAGCAAUUCAAAAAUAUUGUCACAAUGAACACGGUGCUGUCACGGGCAAAUUCUUUGUUCGCCUUCUCGUUGAGUGUUAUGGCAGCACUCACGUUUGGAUGCUUCCUCACUACUGCAUUCAAAGAUAGGAGUGUGUUGGUGAAUAUUAAUGUUUCAAAAGUCAUGCUGAAAAAUGUAGAAGAUUUUACAAGCACUAGAGAACGAAGUGACCUGGGCUUUAUUAAUUUUGACAUUGAAGUUGAUCUUGAGCCAAUAUUCGACUGGAACGUCAAACAACUGUUUAUUUAUUUAUCUGCUGAAUAUACAACUCCAAGUAAUACUCUCAACCAGGUCGUUCUAUGGGACAAAAUUGUAUUAAGAGGAUAUAGCAACAAGCUAACCCUGCGAGACUUGAAGUCCAAGUAUUUCUUCUUUGACGAUGGCAAUGGUUUAAAGGGAAAUAAAAACAUCACUUUGACUUUAUCAUGGAAUGUCAUACCAAAUGCAGGCCUCCUUCCUCUUGUGACUGGUGAAGGACACAUUUCUGUUCCAUUUCCAGAUGCAUACGAAAUGGCAAGGAGCUAUUAAGGACAUGCAUUUUGGCCAGAGAAUAGUCUAGAAUUGGAUACCUGAAUUCAGCAUUUUGUACAGAUGCAUCCUAUACAGUUUUGAAAACAGUUUUCGAUUCAUUUGUGUCAUUGCCUUUGCCCUUUCUGGUUAUUCAACAGAUUUAAACAUGGACCAAGUAGUAAAAAAUAUUAUAAAAAAUAAUGUCAUCUUUUUUUAUAUGUUGAUGUGGUCUUCAGUUGUCUGUAGUAAAUAAAGUGUUAUGUACCACU